CUGCCCCCUCAUUCCAUUACUCUGCCGUCUCAUCUAUUCAUCGUAUCGCCCUGUGAUUCCAGUUUAUGGCUUUCAUCAUGAUGAAAAAGAAGAAAUUUAAGUUUCGGGUGGAUUUUGAGCUGGAUGAACUGUCUUCUGUUCCUUUCGUGAAUGGGAUCUUGUUCUGUAAAAUCCGCCUUCUGGAUGGUGGCAGCUUCAGCGUGGAGUCCAGCAGGUGGCUACAAGACCUCUCCCCUACGCUCUGCGAGUUGGUGGCUUGCCGACGUCAUCAAGUACAAUGCAGGGUCCGUAAACCCGCAUUGUACGAGGACGCCGAGGGACAGUCCUCAAGUCGGAGCAUAGGGGAGAUGAGGCCCGCACAGGGAACAGCAGAGCCCGGGGUAGCCGACAGCAAAGGAGGGGGGGAAGCACACUCCGCCGCUCGCAGUGUCCAUUGGAAGAAGAAGUUCUCCUUUAUGUGUAAGAUGAGUGCAAGUGCUGCCUCAGGGAUCUUGGAUCCAUGUGUCUGCAGAGUGUCUGUCCGGAAGGAGCUAAAAGGUGGAAAGGCCUAUGCCAAGCUUGGCUUUGUAGAUCUCAACCUUGCAGAGUCUGCUGGGUCUGGCAAUACAAUCCGUCGAUGUCUGCUAGAGGGAUAUGACACAAAGAAUACCCGGCAGGAUAAUUCUAUUCUAAAGGUUGGAAUCAGCAUGCAGCUUAUGUCUGGGGACCCCUGUUUUAAAACACCGCCUUCUACUGCCACUUCAAUUGCGGUUUCUGGAGAUUUAGACUCUCUGCAGGAAGAUCGGAAAGGGCGAGAGACUAUCAAACUACACCUGGGAGUUGCUGAUCUUUCAUCAAAGAGUGCCUCCGUCCCUGAUGAACUGGGAGCAUGUGGACAUUCCAGGACAUCAAGUUAUGCCAGUCAGCAGUCCAAGGCAUCAGGAUACAGUACAGGGCACUCACGGUCUUCUAGUCUGUCUGAAUUAAGCCACCGGAGGAACACAUCUGUGGGCAGUGCUUCUACUGGGAUUGGGAGUAUUCCAGAGCCAAUGGAGGAUGACACCACUACAGUUGUUUCAUUCAGCCCAGAUAUUACAGAGGAGGGCUCGUCUUCUGAAAAACUAAACAGGAAUCCAGUCAAACAAGACUCUGUAGAGUCGCAGUUAAAGCGAGUGGAUGCCACCCGUGUUGAUGCAGAUGACGUAGUGGAAACCAUUCUUCAAAGCCAGGACUUCACUCUCGACUCAAGUGCUGAAGAGGAAGGUCUGAGGCUGUUUGUGGGUCCUGGAGGGAGCACUGCCCUUGGAGGCCAUCAUCUACCAAAUAGGGUCGGCGCAGGAGCUUAUGAACAGGUUGUAAUGAAACGCUGAGAGGUCUUCAUGGUGUGACUGGUCAUGUGCACAUUAUUCCUAAGAUGGCAGCCCAGACGGUUCAGUACUUUACAGACUUCUUGUGGAACAUUUUGUUACUUGGAUGUUAAAUGAAGAAGAGUGCUGUCUUACUAUG